AUGCUUGGUCUAUUAUCAUACCUCACCUUUUGGUUUGUUGGUAAUCUAUCAAGAGAUGAUGACUCAAGAAAAGAAAAAUCCUUCAGCAGUCCAGUCUGGCAACUCAGAGGGAUUUUAUCUUUGUCUGACCUCCUCAAUCUCAUUCCACUUUAUCUCUCUCACCUCUCUCUCUGUUUGUGUCUCUUUCUUUACAUCUUACUAUGUCUGUCAAUUCUGUCAUUAAUUUCUGCAUUUUCUUCUUUUCCAUUCUGCUUGUUUGUCUAUCCUCUCUUUCUCUCGCUUUCCUUCAUGCUUAAUAACUUUGCACCUCCGGCCAGUUUCCCCUCCGCUACCUCUCCAGCCAACGGGCGUGGAUUCCCAGCAGCCAACAGUCCAGGUCCCAUUGAACUGUACAAUUCCGGCCAAGAGAGCCUCGGUUAUGUCCAGGCCACUAGUCCACAGCCUUCAGGAUUUGGGCCAAGUAUAACAACAAAUAGAGGCCCUCUUAUCACUGCAACUUGUAGUGCUACUGGCACUAAUCAUGACUGGCUUUGGAGAUUUUUGUUGUGGAGUACCAGCGUAUCCCUGAGUACCAUGACCUUCGCAAUAAAAAUAUUUCAGAAUUUCAUUUUUUUUUUCUCUCUCUCUCUCUCAACAAUAUUUGAUUUUAGUUUUCUUCCUUUACUGCACUUUUUUUACACCGCCAUUUCUUUUUUUCCUUUUUUUUAUUCUUGCUUUCUAAAUCCUUUCUUUCCCUCUACCUCUUUUUCCUGCUCCAUUUUCCUCACCCUCUUUUUCACUGCUUUCUUUUUUGUACCUACUCUUCCCUGCUUCCUCUUUUUCUCUCCAUUUUAA